CGGGCAUUUAAGCAACGAGUUCUGAGAAUAAUUAGUUACUAUCAUCGGUAGCCCGAGAGCAGCUACACACACACAUCUGUAUUUCUGAUCUGCCUUCGGAAAGCUUUCUCUCCCGGCUGGCAAUGAUUUACACCCGCUUCUUAGCCAAAGCGCAAGCCUGCCUCCGUCUCCGCAGCCUCCUCCUUCGCCAGUGCCUCGCAGAGCUCCUGGGGGUCUUCAUGUUGAUCGUAAGUUGCAAAUAUUUGCUGGUUUGGGGGCGGGGAAAACGGUAGAUGGCAAAGCACCUGUAGCUCAGGCAUAGGACAUCUGUCUUGCAUUCAGAAGGCCCCGGGUUCAGUCCAGUCAGGGCUGGGGAGAGGACCCCCACCCUGAAUUAAGCCCUGGAGAGCCACUGCCAGUCAGUGUCAACAAUGCUAAACUAGAAGAAGCAGUGGGUCUGAGCUAUGGAUACCAGAUUUUUUUCAAGGAAUCUAGAGACACUUUUUUUAAAUUUCAUGCUUUAUUAUUUUAGGAAAGGGUUGCCCAUCGUUCUUGACCUUUUUUGGGGGAACCCCAAAGUUGUUGAGCGUGCACCUCAACACAAGGCAGGCAGAUAAGCCCAUCUAAGGUAAAGGUAAAGGGACCCCUGACCAUUAGGUCCAGUCGUGACCGACUCUGGGGUUGCGGCGCUCAUCUCGCUUUAUAAGCCAAGGGAGCCGGCGUACAGCUUCCGGCUCCUGUGGCCAGCAUGACUAAGCCACUUCUGGCGAACCAGAGCAGCGCACGGAAACGCCGUUUACCUUCCCACCGGAGUGGUACCUAUUUAUCUACUUGCACUUUGACGUGCUUUCAAACUGCUAGGUUGGCAGGAGCAGGGACCGAGCAACGGGAGCUCACCCCGUCGCGGGGAUUCGAACCGCCGACCUUCUGAUCGGCAAGUCCUAGGCCCAUCUACAAACACACAAAUGCCCCCCAAAAAAGAGGUUUGGGGGGGGGAGAGAGAUUGAGUAAAGGCGCUCGCUGGUCUUGGGAAAACACGCAUUAAAACACACACACAAGGCUCUCUCUCUCUCUCUGUCUCGUAUUGCAGAACAGCUCUUUUCUACGCUUCUUCUCCUCCUCUUCUUCACCGCCUCAGCGCCUCACUCGCUGCCCCCCAACUCGGGUGCACAGAGCCCACAGCAGAAGAGCGCUGCAGGCUCUGCGCGAUUUCGGGGCGAGUGUUGAUCAAGGAAGGAAGCUCUCUGGCUCCCGCCUCGGUUUAAAUAGCCCCCCCCCCAAGCCAGCGGAUUGGCUGGCUGGGACUUUGACGUGGCCGGGACCUCCAGUGCUGCCUCACUGCCCUGGCACCCGCCAUAUUGCCUCACCAGAAGUCCCCAGGCAUAAAUCCGGGGACAUUAAUUAAAAUCCGGGGACAGAUUUGUGAAUCCGGGGACGUCUGGUAACCCUAGUCUGAGCUGGUAAGGUAAAGGGACCCCUGACCAUUACGUCCAGUCGUGACCGACUCUGGGGUUGCGGCGCUCAUCUCGCUUUAUUGGCCGAGGGAGCCGGCGUACAGCUUCCGGGUCAUGUGGCCAGCAUGACUAAGCCACUUCUGGUGAACCAGAGCAGCGCACGGAAACGCCGUUUACCUUCCCGCUGGAGCGGUACCUAUUUAUCUACUUGCACUUUGACGUACUUUCGAACUGCUAGGUGGGCAGGAGCUGGUACACGAUCCCUAUGUUGCAGAGAAGGGCUGGCAUUUGCUUAGCGGUAGAGCACCUGCUUUUUCCAGAUUCAAACCCUGAAAACUCCAGGCAGGGCUGAGAGACGCUCCCUGUCUGAAAACCCUGGAGAGCUGCUGCCUGCCAGUGUAGACAGUACUGAGCUAGAUGGGCCCAAUCGUCUCACUUGGAAGAAGGUGGCUUGCUAUGUUCCUGUUUAAGUUUGACUUCUGUGUAGAGCUAUGAGGGCUGGAACCAUAGAACUGAAGAAUUCGAAGGGACCCUGAGAGUCGUCUAGUCCAACGCCCUGCAAUACAGGAAUCUCAGUUAGGUCAUACAUGACAGAUGGCCAUCUGACCUCUGUUUAAAAACCUCCAAGGAAGGAGAGCCCACUGCCAUCUUUAAAGGAAGUCCGCUCCACGGUUGAACAGCUCUUACUGUCAGAAAGUUCCUCCUGAUGUUUGUGGCGAUCACACAGGGCCCCUGGACGUUUGACGGUCUGUUGACCCUGUGCCGCCACUGCGACUGCUUUUUUCGCUGCCACCACCCCGUAUCUCACAGGGACACACGGAGUCCAGUCAGUUGUUAACAUAAACAAAUAAUCAAGUUUAUUUUUAAAUGGAGGAACAAGCUUAUGGUUACGGUUAAUUUUUCUUGGCAGUUUCUUAUUCUUAGUUCCUAACAUCUCCAAACUGAUUAUUCCAACUAACUAUCUGACUCCACCUAACAAUUCCUCUCACUCUCUCACAAUGCAGCUCUACCAACCCACACCUAAAUCUCCCUCUUCCUUCUUCAACACCCAAACCUCAACUCUCAACUCAACUCAACUCCCAAACCUCACAAUUUCAUUUCUUGUAACUUGAAACCAUUGGUUUAGGUCCAAAGAGGAGAAAACAGGCUUGCUCCAUCUUCUAUGUGACAGUCCUAUAGAUAUCGAAAGAUGGCUAUCAUAUCUCCUCUCAGUCUCUACCAGGCUAAACAUACCCAAUUCCCUCAACCGUUCCUCAUAAGGCCCUUGAUCAUCAUCAUCUCUUCUGCAAACCUUCCAGCUUCUCAAUCUCCUUCUCAAAUUAUGGCUCCCAGAAUUGGACUCAGGACUCCAGGUCUGACCAAGGCAGAAUAGAGUGGGACUAUUACGGUACUUCCCUUGAUCUGGACACUCGACGUCUGUUGAUGCAGCCUAGAAUAGCAUUGGCUUUUUUUGCUGCUGCAUCACACUGUUGACUCAUGUUCAGCUUGUGGUCUACUAAAACCCCUGGAUCCUUUUCACUUGUACCUGCCUGCGGACUGUCUCGCCAGAGUGGUGCAUGCUCUAGUUAUCUCCCGCUUGGACUACUGCAACGCGCUCUACGUGGGGCUACCUUUGAAGGUGCCCCGGAAACUGCAUUUAAUCCAGAAUGCGGCAGCUAGACUGGUGACUAGGAGUGGCCGCCAAGACCACAUAACAUCGGUCUUGAAAGACCUACAUUGGCUCCCAGUACGUUUCCGAGCACAAUUCAAAGUGUUGGUGCUGACCUUUAAAGCCCUAAACAGCCUUGGUCCAGAAUACCUGAAGGAGUGUCUCCACCUCCAUCGUUCUGCCUGGACACUGAGGUCCAGCGCUGAGGGCCUUCUGGCGGUUCCCUCACUGUGAGAAACCAAGUUACAGGGAACCAGGCAGAGGGCCUUCUCGGUAGUGGCGCCCACCCUGUGGAAUGCCCUCCCAUCAGAUGUGAAGGAAAUAAGCAGCUAUCUUAUAUUCAAAAGACAUCUGAAGGCAGCCCUGUUUAGGGAAGUUUUUAAUAUUUAAUGCUUUAUUGUUUAUUGUUUUUAACACUCGAAUGGGAGCCGCCCAGAGUGGCUGGGGAAAGUCAGCCAGAUGGGCGGGGUAUAAAUAAUAAAUUAUUAUUAUUACUACUACUACUACUACUGGCAAGCCAGGUGUCCGCCAUCUUAUAUUUGUACAGCUGGUUCUUCCUGCCUAAGUUCAGAAUCUUAACAUUUGUUCCCAUUGAAAUCCAUUUUGUUAGGUUGAGCCCAGUUCUCUAAUCUGUCAAUGCCAUAUCUAAACCCGAUUCUGUUUUCAGUGACAAUGGCUACACCUCCCAGUUUGGCACCAUCUGUAUAGUUGAUAAGCAUCCUCUCAGUGCCUUCAUCCAAGAUGUUUAUAAAGACAUCAGACAAAGGGCCCAGGACAGACCCCUGUGGCAUGCAGCCAUUGUCACUUUUCCCCAGGAUGAUGGAGAACCAUUCGUGAGCAGUCUUUGGGUUCUGUCAGUCAACCAGCUACAAAUCCAUCUUGCGGUUAUCUCGUCCAGUUCACAUUUUACCAGCUUCUCUGAAAAAAUAUUAUGGGGGACUUUGUCAAAAGCCUAACUGAAAUCAAGGUACACUUAUGUCCACAGUAUUCCUAUGAUCCACGAAACCUGUAAUUAUCAAUAACAGAAACGAGAAUCAUCUGCCAUGACUUGUUUUUGAGAAACCCAUGCUCCCGGCAUCCUUUCUCGAUUGCUCACCAACCAAUUAUCUGUUUAAUUAUCCGUUCUGGGAUCUUCCCUGGUAUCGGUGUCAAGAUGACUAGUCAGUGCCGGCAUGUCAGCUCCCUAUCACAUCUUCCCAUCUUUCCUACCUGAAAUCUGACCUCCUAGAGCUCAUGCGCAUGUUGGCCUUUGCUGGGAGUGUAAAUGAUUUAAAUACAGGAGUCCGCCAUGACAACACACACACAACCAGCUCCCAAAACAGAAUCCAAAACCGCAGCCCAGCAGAUUCUCUGACUUCCUCCCUGCUAAUCCAUCACCAAAUAAAAAGAAAACUUGAAGACCUUGUUAUCACCCAGGAAACAAUAGGAGUUCAUCAGUUUAAUUAAGUAUUAAUUAGGAAGAUUAAGGUGUUUUUUAUGUAUGUAAAUUUGCUUUUUCUUCUUUCUUUUUUUCCUGUAUUUUCUUAGAAUAGAAUCAUAGAAUCAUAGAAUCAUAGAGUUGGAAGAGACCACAAGGGCCAUCGAGUCCAACCCCCUGCCAAGCAGGAAACACCAUCAGAGCACUCCUGACAUAUGGUUGUCAAGCCUCUGCUUAAAGACCUCCAAAGAAGGAGACUCCACCACACUCCUUGGCAGCAAAUUCCACUGUCGAACAGCUCUUACUGUCAGGAAGUUCUUCCUAAUGUUUAGGUGGAAUCUUCUUUCUUGUAGUUUGGAUCCAUUGCUCCGUGUCCGCUUCUCUGGAGCAGCAGAAAACAACCUUUCUCCCUCCUCUAUGUGACAUCCUUUUAUAUAUUUGAACAUGGCUAUCAUAUCACCCCUUAACCUCCUCUUCUCCAGGCUAAACAUGCCCAGCUCUCUUAGCCGUUCCUCAUAAGGCAUCGUUUCCAGGCCUUUGACCAUUUUGGUUGCCCUCCUCUGGACACGUUCCAGUUUGUCAAUGUCCUUCUUGAAGUGUGGUGCCCAGAACUGGACACAGUACUCCAGGUGAGGUCUGACCAGAGCAGAAUACAGUGGCACUAUUACUUCCCUUGAUCUAGAUGCUAUACUCCUAUUGAUGCAGCCCAGAAUUGCAUUGGCUUUUUUAGCUGCCGCGUCACACUGUUGGCUCAUGUGAAGUUUGUGGUCAACCAAGACUCCUAGAUCCUUUUCACAUGUACUGCUCUCAAGCCAGGUGUCCCCCAUCUUGUAUUUGUGCCUCUCAUUUUUUUUGCCCAAGUGCAAUACUUUACAUUUCUCCCUGUUAAAAUUCAUCUUGUUUGUUUUGGCCCAGUUCUCUAAUCUGUCAAGGUCGUUUUGAAGUGUGAUCCUGUCCUCUGGGGUGUUAGCCACCCUCCCAAUUUGGUGUCAUCUGCAAAUUUGAUCAGGAUGCCCUUGAGUCCAUCACCCAAGUCGUUGAUAAAGAUGUUGAAUAAGACCGGGCCCAAGACAGAACCCUGUGGCACCCCACUAGUCACUCUUCUCCAGGAUGAAGAGGAACCAUUGAUGAGCACCCUUUGGGUCCGGUCAGUCAGCCAGUUACAAAUCCACUGAGUGGUAGCAUAGUCAAGACCACAUUUUACCAGCUUCUUUACAAGAAUAUCAUGAGGCACCUUGUCAAAUGCCUUGCUGAAAUCAAGGUAGGCUACAUCCACUGCGUUCCCUUCAUCCACCAGGCUUGUAAUUCUGUCAAAAAACGAGAUCAGGUUAGUCUGACAUGACUUAUUUUUCAGAAAUCCAUGCUGACUAUUGGUGAUCACAGCAUUCCUUUCUAGGUGCUCACAGACUGUUUGCUUAAUGAUCUGCUCCAGAAUCUUCCCUGGUAUUGAUGUCAGACUGACUGGGCGGUAAUUAUUUGGGUCCUCUCUUUUCCCUUUUUGAAAAUAGGGACAACAUUUGCCCUCCUCCAGUCUGCCGGGACUUCGCCUGUUCUCCAGGAAUUCUCAAAGAUGACUGCCAGUGGUUCUGAGAUCACAUCUGCCAGUUCUUUUAAUACUCUUGGAUGCAGUUCAUCUGGCCCUGGAGACUUGAAUACAUCUAAACUAGCCAAGUAUUCUUGUACUAUCUCCUUAGUUAUUCUGGGCUGUGUUUCCUUUGCUGAAUCAUUUGCUCCAAAUUCUUCAGGUCGGGCAUUGUUUUCUUUAUCGGAGAAGACUGAGGCAAAGAAGGCAUUGAGGAGUUCAGCUCUUUCUGUGUCCCCUGUUUGCAUUUCACCAUCUUCUCCUCUGAGUGACCCCACUGUUUCUUUGUUCUUCCUUUUGCUACGGACAUACCCAUAAAAGCCUUUUUUGUUGCUUUUAACCUCUCUAGCAAGCCUGAGUUCAUUCUGUGCUUUAGCUUUUCUGACUUUGUGUCUACACGUGCUGGCUAUUUGUUUGAAUUCCUCUUUGGUGGUUUCCCCUUUUCCAUUUUUUGUACACAUCCUUUUUAAUCUUAACUCAGUUAAAAGUUCUUUAGAUAGCCACCCUGGCUUCUUUAGGCACCUUCCAUGUUUCCGUCUCAUUGGUAUUGCCUGACGUUGUGCUUUUAGUAUCUCCUCUUAACAAACUCCCAGCCAUCAUGAACUCCCUUUCCUUUUAGUAUUACUGUCCAUGGGAUCUCACCCAGCACUUCCCUAAGUUUUAUGAAGUCAGCUUUCUUAAAGUCAAGAAAUUGAGUCCUAGUAUGCUUGGCUGCUCCUUUCCGCUGUAUAGUAAACUUCAGAAGAGCAUGAUCACUUGCGCCUAAUGAUCCUUCCACUUCUACCCCACUAACCAGGUCAUCAACAUUGGUUAGGACCAGAUCUAAAAUGGCUGUUCCUCUUGUUGCUUCUCCCACUUUCUGGACAAUGAAGUUGUCUGCAAGGCCAGUGAGGAAUCUGUUUGACCUUAUGCUCUUGGCUGAGUUUGACAUCCAACAAAUAUCCGGGUAAUUGAAGUCCCCCAUUACUACUAUCUCCCUUCUUUUUUGCAUGCUUGGCCAUCUGUUCCAGGAAGGCAUCAUCUAUGUCCUCCGUUUGGCUUGGGGAUCUAUAGUAAACUCCCACAAUGAGGUCACUGUUAUUCUUCUCUCCCUUAAUUUUGACCCAAAUGCUCUCACUUUGGCUUUGAGGUUCUAAAUCUUGGAUCUCUUCACAGGUAUACACAUCCCUGACAUAUAACGCCACUCCUCCUCCUUUCUUGUCUGGUCUGUUUCUCUGAAAUAGAUUGUAUCCCCCAUUAUUACAUUCCAAUCGUGGGACUUAUCCCACCAGGUUUCAGUGAUGCCUAUUAUGUCAUAUUUAGUUUGCUGUACCAAGAGCUCAAGCUCAUCUUGUUUAUUUCCCAUGCUUUGCGCAUUAGUGUACAGACAUUGAAGUCCAUUAAUCAUUCCCCGUGACUCUUAUUUAAGGAUUUUUUCCUCCCACCACUAGGUCUGUGUGCUGUUUGCUCCAUUUGGUCUAUGACAUUUGGAUGAUCAUCUUCAUCAAUUGAUAGACUCCUACCUUCAGGAGCACUAUCUCCCUCCCCCACAUUAGUCAGUUUAAAGCCCUCCUGAUGAGGUUUCUGAGAUUUUUGGCAAAAACAUUUCUCCCAACCGUUGUGAGGUGCAGCCCAUCGCUUGCCAGAAGUCCAUCUUCAAGAAACUGCAGUCCGUGAUCUAAGAAUCCAAACCGUUCCUGUUUACACCAUUUGCGAAGCCAGCUGUUCACUUGCACUAUUUUCCCCUCUCUCCCUGGGCCACGUCGUUCAACUGGGAGGACAGAUGAGAUCACAAUUUGUGCAUUUAAUUGCUUCAAUUUCCUGCCCAGAGCCUCGUAGUCUCUUUUGAUCUUCUGGAGGCUAUUGCUUGCAGUGUCAUUGGUUCCCACAUGAACCAAGAGGAAGGGGUAUUUGUCAGUGGGUUUUAUGAUUCCUUGCAGUCGUUCAGUUACAUCUUGGAUCUUAGCCCCGGGAAGACAGCACACUUCCCGAGACAUCUUGUCAGGCCCACAGAUCACUGCUUCUGUUCCCUCAGUAGGGAAUCCCCUAUCACCACUACACGCCUCCUCUUAGGUUUGGCCGGGGUUCUUCUGUGAGCUGUCCGCUCCAAGGUCGCCUGCACAUUCCCUGAGGACUGACUUUGCUGCUCGUCUUCAUAUACCUGAUCGACUGUAAUGAGGAGAGAUCCUCAAAUGGAGUCUGCUCUUCGUCUUCCAUGCUAGGGGAGAGGACCUCAAAGCGAUUGUGUAUUUCUAAACAAUCAGAGCGAACCCUGGGCCUCCUACUUCUUUGAGUCACGUUUCUCCAUAUAUCUGGCUCCUGUGUUGGUGAACUAGCGUCCUUCUCAGGGGAGUCCCCUGUCUCCUCCUUGGUGGAGACGGUGUGCUCUGUUGCUUCCAAGAAGAGCUCCAGCUCUCUAAUUCUUUGGAGCGUAGCUACACGUUCCUCCAGUUGCUGGACUUUGUCUUUUAAGAGGGCAAUCAACAUGCAAUUGCUGCAGGUAAAGCUGCCUGCAACCUUUGGCAAGAUGGCAAGCAUUGCGCAGGAACCGCAGGCGACUGCAGCUGUUCCCUGCCCCUCCAUCUUUAGAACGUGUCGUUGGGGGUGGCUACAGUGGUCCUCCGUCUUAAAAAGGGUUAAUACAGUAAAAAUAACUCCCCCCAAAAAAAAAAAACCUAGGUCUUCCCCAACAAACGUUUGAGACUAGCUCCCCUAAAUCUAAAAGAUGGAUAAAACUGCCAAUCAGCCACAAAGAAACACACACACACAAGAAAACCCUUUUUGCUCCUUCUUCAACUGCUGCCCUGCAAUCUCUUCUUCUUGUUUCUUAAUUGUUUUUUCUUUAAUUUUCUUUUUGUAGUAUGAGAUUGUAAAUUCUAUGUAUGUGUGUGUAAUUUAAAUUAAUAAAAAUUAUAAAAAAAGGAGUUCAUUGGUUGCCCUAGGUGAUAUUACUGCUCUUGCUGCCGCACGCCACUGCAGGUUGGCUGUUUGCAACAUCUGGAUCUGAGGUCUGUCUCUGAAGACAUGCUUUUAGGAAUGGGGUUCCUGUCUGGCUACCUGUCACGCUUUGAUGUCUUGCUGUUAAUGCUGGACCUGCCUUCAUGGGCAAUGGGCGCUUAAUUGCAUUGCACCUGACCCUGGAGCAGGCGAGCCAGAGGGGCAAAGUUCAGGGUCCAAAAGGCUUGUUUUCCACCUCUUCUGGAAUGCAAAAAAUAGUUAUGGAGUUCAGGUUCCCUUGCUUGGAAGGUGCUUCAGGAAGAUAACCUGGGCUCUCCUCUCCUCAUUUGAAAUAGUAGUAGUAGUAGUAGUAGUAAUAAUAAUAAUAAUAAUAAUAAUAAUAAUAAAUAGGCUCAUCACUAAGCCUCUUCACCCCAUGCUCUUUACUCAGAAGUAAGCCCCCCCUGAUUUUGCUGGUGUGUAACAAUGUGGGUGGCGCUGUGGUCUAAACCACAGAGCCUAGGGCUUGCCAAUCAGAACGUCGGCGGUUCGAAUCCCCACGAUGGUGGUGAGCUCCCGUUGCUCUGUCCCAGCUCCUGCCAACCUAGCAGUUCAAAAGCAUGUCAAAGUCAAGUAGAUAAAUAGGUACCACUCUGGCGGGAAGGUAAACAGUGUUUCCGUGCGCUGCUCUGGUUUGCCAGAAGUGGCUUAGUCAUGCUGGCCACAUGACCCAGAAGCUGUACGCCGGCUCCCUCAGCCAAUAAAGCGAGAUGAGCACCACAAUCCCAGAGUCGUCCACAGCUGGACUUAACAGUCAGGGGUUCCUUCACCUUUACCUUUAACUUCCUUGUCAGCGACUGCACUCCUCAGAUUCGUUUUUUUGCACUGCUUCUCCUAAUAGGUACAUUUUUAAAGCUUUUUUAAAGCGGUGGUUUGUCUGGGGUUUUGAAAGAUACCGGUUCCCACACCGUUUCAGAGCGUUCCGAUUGGAUCAAUUAGACUUCAAAUACAAAAUCCUGCCCCAUCCCUGCCCCACGACCGAUGUUCCGAUGGGCUGGCGGUGACGCUUGGAGGAUGGGUGGCGGUCAGUGGAUUGAGGUUGAAUCCUGACAAGACAGAAGUAUGAUUUCUGGGAGACAGGGAGCAGGCAGGUGGGGGCGAGGGACUCCCUAGUCCUGAUUAAACAAUGAUUUGACGUUUGGAAGACAUCAGAAGGCGGCGCUGUUCAGAGAAGAUUUUAAUGGUUGAUGUUUUAGUGUGUUUUGUUGGGAGCAGCCCAGAGUGGCUUGGCCGACCCGGUCAGAUGGGUGGCAUAUAGAUAUUAAAAUUAUUAUCAUUUAUUACAGGCUCCGUAGGGUGCAACUUCAAACGCUCCUCUUUCUAGGUACAUUUUUAUCACUUUGCCAGCUGGCAACCAAAAUCCAGGACCCCAUAGCCCAGUGGUGGUGAACCUAUGGCACGCUUGCCAGAAACGGCACUCAGAGCCCUCUCUGUGGUCACGUGCGCCGUUGCCCCAGCAAGAGCCGUAGCUUCCGUGCCAGGGGCUGGCACUAGGGCCUGGCGAGUGAAUGAGAGGCUGAGCAGACUUUUGAUGCGCCAGGGCCUCCUGCCAGUCUGUUUUUCCUACUCAGGAGUAAGCCGCCUUGAGUUCAGCAUGGCUUAACUCCCAGGUCAGUAAGCAACCUAAGAAGGGGUUUACAUGUUCGCUGGGCUUUCUUGCGGAAGCCAACAAGAGAAAUUCAUUCCGUGCAAUCAAACAGCAGCCAAAGAAAUGGCAAAAUAAUAAUAAUAAUAAUAAUGUCCUGCCCAUCUGGAUAGGUUUAUUUAUUUAUUCAUAUUUGUAUGUGCACACGCAGACAAUCAUUAUUAUCUCAUAUUAAAAAUUGGGAGAGGGAGGCUCUUAGUACACCCUCCAGUGUACACUAGUGGCCAAAAUUGUGAAACCUUCUGGAAAAAAUGUACAGUCAUACCUCAUGUUAUGUACGCUUCAUGUUAUGUUCUUUCAGGUCAUGUCCCGCGGCGACCCGGAAGUACUGGAAAGGGUUACUUCCGGGUUUCACCGCUCAUGCAUGCGCAGAUGCUCAAAAUGACAUCACGCGCAUGCGCAGAAGCGGCGAAUCGCAACCAGCACAUACGCAGACGUGCUGCUGCGGAUUGUGCUCUUUUCAUGUUGCGAACGGGCCUCCGGAACGGAUCCCGUUCACAACCAGAGGUACCACUGUAUUUCCGAAGUUUGAUGGCUCAUUAACACCACUUAGUUUUGGAGUAAUACUUGUGCUUUUUUUCCCCUGUGGGGACACAGGGGGACGCAUACACCUAAACAUUUUGCGAAUUUAACGGGACAAGAAAUUAACUGUCUUUAUUUCCCCCGAUUUGAACUGUAUUUAUUUUUCCCUGGUGGUGAUUUUCUUGAGCCAAAACGAGAGUACCCCUAAACAUUUUUAAGAAAGAAAGCACUGAGUUAUGCCAUAAAAUUAUAUACUGAUGGAAAGAUAAUUUAUUGAAGACCGUAAUGCAAUAGCUUUUAUGAAGGAUUUUUUAUUACAACAGCAGUCAUGAAGAAGAAACGUGAAACACAUGGGGGGGAAAUGAGAUAUACAGGUUAAAUUGCCAUGUUGGCACUUGGCGAUAAAUAAGUGGGUUUGGGGCUGCAAUUUGGGCACCCGAUCUCUAAAAGUUUCGCCAUCGCUGCCAUAGCCCAUCGCUUCCACCCCAUGACCAUCAAAAAAUGGAAGAUGAUUGGCGCCAGGGUAAACAAGGUUCCCAUCACCACCUGGGAGGGACAACGUGGGCAUGAUGCAGGAGUUCUGACCCAGGGCAAAGAUUCUCCCAAAGGUCUUUUCCCUCAUUCUUUUCUCUCUCUCUCUUUCCCAGGUGAUUACUCUGAGCGCAUCUGCACAGGCCACCACCAGCGAAGGGACGAAGGGUGGCUAUUUUAGCUCAGCCCUAGCAAGCGGAAUUGCUGUGAUGGUAGCCAUCCACGUUUCGGGAGGAGUUUCUGGUGAGAAAGGGGAGGUUCUCUCGUGCAUGAGCCCCGGGAAUGGGGCAGGCACUUGGUCCAGGCUUCGCUCAAAAUUUCGGGCAAUUGUGGGGGAGAGCUGCAGUGUUUAUCUCCUUAUAAAAAGGUAAAGGGACCCCUGACCAUUAGGUCCAGUCGUGGCCGACUCUGGGGUUGCGGCGCUCAUCUCGCUUUACUGGCCAAGGGAGCCGGCAUACAGCUUCCGGGUCAUGUGGCCAGCAUGACUAAGCUGCUUGUGGCGAACCAGAGCAGCACACAGAAAGGCCGUUUACCUUCCCACCAGAGCGGUACCUAUUUAUCUCCUUGUACUUUGACGUGCUUUCGAAAUGCUAGUUCGGCCGGAGCUGGGACCGAGCAAUGGCAGCAAGCCCUAGGCUCUGUGCUUUAGACCACAGCACCACCUGCGUCCCUCUCACCUCCAGUAAAGAUAGAGGUAAAGGUAAAGGGACCCCUGACCAUUCGGUCCAGUCGUGGCCGACUCUGGGGUUGCGGCGCUCAUCUCGCUUUACUGGCCGAGGGAGCCAGCGUACAGCUUCCAGCUCAUGUGGCCAGCAUGACUAAGCGAACCAGAGCAGCGCACGGAAAUGCCAUUUACCUUCCCGCCAGAGCGCUACCUAUUUAUCUACUUGCACUCUGACGUGCUUUUGAACUGCUAGGUCGGCAGGAGCAGGGACCGAGCAACGGGAGCUCACCCCGUCACGGGGAUUCGAAUCGCCGACCUUCUGAUUGGCAAGCCCUAGGCUCUGUGGUUUAACCCACAGCGCCACCCGUGUCACUACUAUCUAUAAAUCCUUUUUAAAAAAGAAGCAGCAGCAGCAAAUUUCAUAGUUUAUUUUGUUUUGCAAAGGCAAGGGCACAAGUUAAGCCUGGAAAAUCUGAGCAGUGCCGGAUUUAUAUAUCAGCUAAUCAAGCUAUAGCUCAGGGCCCCACUCUCUUGGGGGCCCCCAAAAAAAUUAAAGGGGAAAAAACCUGGAUGUACAUUUCCAAAAUAUAAGAGAAAAAAGAAAUAAAAUAAAACCUACAGUACAUAUAGCAACAGUGGCAAAUGGCAUUAGAUACCUAUGAGGUCCCUAAAUUACCAUAUAGCAUAUAUUCAACACAUAAAACAGGGAGAAUUUGUUGUUGACAAAGGACAGCUGGACAUAUAAAGGGCCCAUUGCCUUCAGUAGCUUAGGGCCUCAUCAAACCUAAAUCCGACCCUGAAUCUGAGGCGCAGAAUACAGUGUUGAACUCAGCCUGCAGUUUGCUGAUCGUAGCGGCUUUCUAGCUGUUUUGUUUUCGAAUAUGCAAGUUGCUAGUCCUUAGUGUUGGAACAAAAUUUAGGCUUGAAACUGUGCGGGUUAAAAAGAUCAGAAGCGGAAAACCUACCUCUGUGGCUCUUUCUGAAACAAUACCGUAGCCAAGACACGACCAUCCUUUGAAAUUCUCUGCCUGUUUCUGAAUUUUGUAUAUGAAUUUUGUAUAUGAUUUUGCCUGAUAGAGACAUCUUUUUCAAUAUGGAUAAAUAUUUUUAUUCAAAGGUUUUCAAAAUGUGCAAGCAUCCUCCAACACUUCUCUGAUGAAAAUAGGGAUGUCCUAUUUCCAUAAUGAUAAUUUAACUAUUUAUACACACCCUACUGGUUUGCCUUAGCCACUCUGGGCAGCUUCCAACAUGUAUUAAAACAUAAUAAAACAUGAAACAUAAAAAACCUUCCCUAUACAAGAUUGCCUUCAGACGACUCGGGGGUCAGAUAACUCCAUACCCUCCAACAUUUAUCCGGUGAAAAUAGGGACAUCCUAAGGAAAAGUGGGACAUUCCAGGAUCAAAUCAAAAUGGCUUCUCUUAAUCAGGGACGUCCCUGGAAAAUGGGGACAUUUGGAGGGUGUGUCCAUAGUAACAAACAAUAAGCAGAUUCACAACGUAGCUGUUGCAAUAAUGAACAAUGGAAAGUCAAGCGUAUCAACUUUAAAGACUCCCUCCAAAAAGUACCAUGGGCUGAUGGAGGAGUUAUAGUUCGGCUAGAUUUAGUCACGUAAGAAAUUAAAGCAACACCUUAUAUUGUCAAAGUCAUCUUCUUCGUUUUUUAUCCUUUGGAGCCUUUCAUCUUAACAGAGACAUCUUUGCAGAGCCACCUGCCCUAACGUGCUAUUAUAUGCACAUUUUACCCAGGUGUAUACGGGACAUGGGUGGCGCUGUGGGUUAAACUGCAGAGCCUAGGACUUGCCGAUCAGAAGGUCGGCGGUUCGAAUCCCCGCGACGGGGUGAGCUCCCAUUGCUCGGUCCCUGCUCCAGCCAACCUAGCAGUUUGAAAGCACGUCCAAGUGCAAGUAGAUAAAUAGGUACCACUCCGGCGGGAAGGUAAAUGGUGUUUCCGUGCGCUGCUCUGGUUCACCAGCAGCAGCUUAGUCAUGCUGGCCACAUGACCCAGAAGCUGUACACCGGCUCCCUCGGCCAAUAAAGCAAGAUGAGCGCCACAACCCCAGAGUCGGCCACGACUGGACCUAGUGGUCAGGGGUCCCUUUACCUUUACCUUACCCCUGUGUAUGCAUUUUUGUACACGUGGCUUGGCUGCAUUGCAAAAUGUGGCGAAGCACAAACUUCAUAGGAUGGCUGCGUCCCAGUUUUGUGCAUUGUUUCAGAAAAUGCACAUGAAGUUGUUUAAGACCCGCAUCAGAUUUCUUCUCUGUCACUUAUGGGGAUGCUUGCUGGGGAUUGGUUCGCUCCUGCUUCCCUGGUCCUUCCUCUGAAAAGACCCCACUUUCCAGACCUGGGGAAGCCACGUGGAGGUGCUUGCCAAAGAUUUAUUCUCCGGGGAUUGCUUUCUGUCGACUGCAAGCUCCUUAUCGCCUCUGGUCCCUGUUAUCUCUGCCAACCUUAGCUCCCGGAGCUAUGACUCAGCCACCUUAUGACCAGCUACCAGUAGUUAUUAUUAACCCCGAUAGCUCAAUGGAGCCUCCAUGGCCAGUGGCAUUGUACCUGCUGAGGCUCUGGUGCAGGCAACAAACAUUUGGGUUUCAAAGGGCUGUUUCCAUCAAGUAAGUCCUGGUAGGGAGUUUUACCAAGAGGCAUUUGGUGGCCGGAGGCUGUGUCCAUUAGGGGGCAUGGGACACUCCUCUGCCAGCCCCAGUCUGCAGCCCCUUUCCUACUUGCAAUCAGUCCAGGGAGUGCCCCUGCCUGCCAGCUCCCUCCUCUUGCUCUUUCUUAGUCUCAGUUUUGCCCCUUGUAGAGCUCAGAAGGGAAGAGGAGGAGGAGGAGGAGGAGGAUGGGGCAAAUCUAGAAUUAGCUGGCCCUGCCUGUCAUUGGCUCUGGCGCCACCUGCUGUUAGGCUCCCUGCCUUCCACCCUACCAGUCUCCAAUGGGCACUAGUUUUUGACAUGCUUAGUUCUCUCUGCCUGGGGCUGAUUUGCACCACUACUCAGAAGAAGAGGUGAGUGUAGUAUUAUCUAUACCAUGGGUAGGCAAACUAAGGGCUGGGGGCCGGAUCCGGCCCAAUCGCCUUCUAAAUCCGGACCACAGACAGUCCGGGAAUCAGCAUGUUUUUACAUGAAUAGAAUGUGUCCUUUUAUUUAAAAUGCAUCUCUGGGUUAUUUGUGGGGCAUAGGAAUCUGUUCAUGCCCCCCGCCAAAAAUAUAGUCCAGCCCCCCCCACAAGGUCUAAGGAACAGUGGACCUGUAUAGGCCUGAAACGAUGGGUGAACUCUCACAAGCGGAGAGGCGUCUACCCCUCACAGAGCUACAAUUCACAGCGCCCUGAACAAACUGUGGUUCCCAGGAUUCUUUAGGGGGAAUAAAAAGGUAGAAGGUAAAGGGACCCCUGACCACUAGGUCCAGUCGUGGCCGACUCUGGGGUUGUGGCGCUCAUCUUGCUUUAUUGGCCGAGGGAGCCAGCGUACAGCUUCAGGUCAUGUGGCCAGCAUGACUAAGCUGCUGCUGGUGAACCAGAGCAGCACAGGAUAUGCCAUUUACCUUCCCGCCGGAGCGGUACCUAUUUAUUUACUUGCACUGGUGUGCUUUCGAACUGCUAGGUUGGCAGGAGCAGGGACUGAGCAACAGGAGCUCACCCCGUCGUGGGGAUUCGAAUCGCCGACCUUCUGAUCGGCAAGCCCUAGGCUCUGUGGUUUAACCCACAGCGCCACCCACGUCCCUUUAGGGGGAAUAAUUUGCUUUAAAUAUACAGUAUGGUGUGUAUGUGCAGCCUAAGUUCCUAGUCCUGCAAAGGGCAUGUGCAAGACCUAGUGCAAUUUCAGAAGCGAGAGACCAUACGGAACAGGAUUUCAAACACAGGGGUCGGUAGAUCAUGAGACUCUUGACCUCAGGGUUGUGCAUUCGAGCCCCACAUUGGGCUAAAAAUAUUCUUGCAUCACAGGGGAGGUGGACUAGAUGUCCCUCUAUGACUCUAUGAUUCUACAAUUCUACGAUUCUCUCUCUCUCUCUCUUACAGGAGGGCACUUAAAUCCAGCCUUUACGCUCACCAUGUGUCUGCUUGGCCAAUGCCCCUGGUGGAAACUGCCCAUCUUCUCUGUCAUUCAGACUAUGGGAGCCUUUUUGGGCGCAGGCACCGUCUACAUGCUUUAUUACGGUAACAUUAUCUCCCAGAGUUUUCACAAUGGGGAAAAUAAGAGGCGCGUUUCUUGCCAAACUUCACAAGCUCGGCAUAUUACACAUUCACCUGCCUCGCCACGUCUGUAUUCAUUGACUCUGCCCAGCUCAUCUUCUGCUGAUGUAAAAGCCAAUCUUUGGGUUAAAGAUAUACCAGAUAUACUAGAAAAGCCAUAAUCGCGCUGCAAAGUUUGCUAUUGACGCCCAAAAGCAUUCCUUGGCAGCCGUAGGGUAUGAAAUGGCAAGCGGUGAUGCUCACUGCAUAUUUAUUCAUUUACUUAAAACGCUUCUGGAACAUGGGUAGGCAAACUAAGGCCUGGGGGCCGGAUCCAGCCCAACCGUCUUCUAAAUCCGGCCUGCAGGCAGUCUGGGAAUCAGUGUGUUUUUGCAUGAGUAGAACAUGUCCUUUUAUUUCAAAUGCAUCUCUGGGUUAUUUGUGGGGCAUAGGAAUUCGUUCAUAUUUCCCCCCAAAAUCUAGUCCAGCCCCCCACAAGGUCUGAGGGACAGCGGACCGGCCCCCUGCUGAAAAAGUUUGCUGACCCCUGCGUAAGAACGAUGACACGUAGGGAGAAAAAUCCCUGCCUGCAGGCUUUCAAUCUAAAGAGACACAGCACAAAAGGAAAAAGCGUUGAGAAGGGGAGAGGAUGAACAAAAAUGCAGUGGAAUCAGAUGCCGAAGUUACAUGGUAGUCCUUAUAAUGACCAGUUGGGAAUGUAAACUGGUCAGGAAUCACAUGAAGGUGGAUUCUCAGCUGAACUGACGGAGCAGGGCUGCUGCUCUCCUUUCCCCCUUCGGCUUCUCUUCCUAUAAAGCUAAGCCUCAUGGCCACUGGCUUUUCUCUCCGCAGACGCCAUCCACAGCUAUAGCAACGGGACCCUUGCAGUCACCGGACCCCGUGAAACCGCCUCCAUCUUUGCCACCUACCCAGCUCCCUACCUGUCGCUUGGCAACGGCUUCUUCGACCAGGUAGGGCCAGCCGUCCCUAGAACUCCCAGCACUGCCCAGAGACGGAAGCAUCCUUCGCUCAGGGCGAUGCAUCCCAUAUGUCCAAUUGCUCUGCCGCUGCUCCAUUCAUUUGCCGUGGCUCAGUGGUUAGAGCACCAGACUUGCAUGCAGAAGGUCCCAGGUUCAAUCCCGGCGAAUAAUAAUAAUAAUAAUAAUAGUACUACAGUGGUACCUCAGGUUACAGACGCUUCAGGUUACAGACACUUCAGGUUACAGACACUCCGCUAACCCAGAAAUAGUACCUUAGGUUAAGAACUUUGCUUCAGGAUGAGAACAGAAAUCGCGUGGCAGCAGUGGGAGGCCCCAUUAGCUAAAGUGGUUCCUCAGGUUAAGAACAGUUUCUUCUUAAGAACGGGCUUCUGGAACGAAUUAAGUUCUUAACCUGAGGUACCACUGUAACAAUUAAUAAUAAUAAUAAUAAUAAUAAUAAUAAUAAUAAUAAUUUAUUAUUUAUACCCAACCCAUCUGGCUGGGUUUCCCCAGCCACUCUGGGCAGCUUCCAGAAAAAUAUUAAAAUACAAUAAUUCUUCAAAUAUUAAAAGCUUCCCUAAACAGGACCGCCUUCAGAUGUCUUCUAAAAGUCAGAUAGUUGUUUAUUUCUUUGACAUCUGGUGGGAGGGCAUUCCACAGGGCGGGCGCCACUACCGAGAAGGCCCUUCUCAGAUUGGUGCUGAGUCUCCAGGGCCUAGAUAAACGAAUAGGCUGGUCCCUGGUGGUUUUCGAUGCCCCUGUGCUUUGGUUGAUGUCCUGUCCUCCCUCCACCCUCUUCCCCUCAUCAGGUCCUGGGCACCGGGGUGCUGAUAUUGAGCAUCCUGGCCAUUAUCGAUUCCCGCAACAGGCGCGUCCCACAUGGACUGGAGCCCAUCGCAGUGGGCUUGCUGGUCACUGCUCUCGGCUUGGCAAUGGGAGCCAACUGUAUGUGCGCCAUCAACCCAGCCCGGGACUUGGGCCCACGACUCUUCACCUACCUGGCCGGAUGGGGGCCUCAGGUGUUCAGGUGAGUGCGCGAGGGGCGAGGAGGCGGCGCCCAGUUGCAUGUGUGCGUGUGUCAGGGACUGGGGAAUGGUGGAGACCUUCUCCCCAGCCUGACCUUUCCAGAGAAGAAGGCGACGGUUCAGAAUUACUACAGGGGGUUGAGGAAGGUCACAGCUCAGAGGGAGAUGAGGGGGGAAAGCUGGGAAAUUAUGGGAGAGGAGGAAGAAGAAGAAGCAACAACAGAGGGGCGACGGCUGAUGGACACAGUGUCUUUAGAAAGCAUUCUAGACCCACUGUCACGGUCUGGUUCACGGGCGAUCGGUCCCGCCAGGGGACGUCAGGAUCGGGGGCAAAAUGGCGGGGUGGGAGCAGGAACAGGGGUCCAGAAGCCAGGAGUCAGGAAGCCAAGAGCCCGAGGGUCAGAGAGCAAGGAGUCACGAAGUCAGGGGUCUGAGGAGCAAGGAGUCAAGGAGCCACACGCAGCAAGGUAGGGAGCGUGUUGCUGUGGCAAAGAGCCAAAGGGAAAAUGCUGACCUUAUAUCCCUUCCCGGCUCUUGCCACCAGGUGCUGUGAGUUACCAAUUGACCUCACCUGUGCAGCCGCGCCUUGCCUCUUCAGAACAAACUUAGGAAGGCCCCAGUCCUGCAAAGUCCUAUUGGUCACAAGGCCUGGCUCCUGCACACACACCUAACACUAACCUUCUCCUAGAACCUGGCGAGCCUUGAAAGUAGGAGAGCAAAGAGCUCAAAGGCAGAGGGCACCUUUCAGCACCUGUAGUGGUGAUGCAUGAUAGGAGAGAGGGAGGGGGUGGAGACUCACUCGGGGCAAUACCAUUAUUCCAAGAGGCUGCCUUUCCAAACCCCUCUCUGUGAAUAUUGAAUAAGAAGCAGUUGGUAGGGACUUUUCCCUGUCUUGAUCCUCAGCCACCUGACAACAUACAAGGUCUCUUUGUGCUGAUGAGCAGGGCAGGUAAAGGUAAUGGGACCCCUGACUGUUAAGUCCAGUUGUGACUGACUCUGGGGUUGCAGCGCUCAUCUCGCUUUACUGGCCGAGGGAGCCGGCGUACAGCUUCCGGGUCAUGUGGCCAGCAUGACUAAGCCACUUCUGGCCAACCAGAGCAGUGCAUGGAAACGCUGUUUACCUUCCCACCGGAGAGGUACCUAUUUAUCUACUUGCACUUUGACGUGCUUUCGAACUGCUAGGUGGGCAGGAGCUGGGACCGAGCAACAGGAGCUCACCCCGUCGCAGGGAUUCGAACCGCCGACCUUCUGAUCGGCAAGUCCUAGGCUCUGUGGUUUAACCCACAGCGCCACCUGCGUCCCUGAGCAGGGUAGAGCAAUGGUCGAUUUGGAGGGUCCACAGCCAUGCCCUCUGUAGGGAGGUUUCCAUAGAAAGCCACUGCUGGGAUAGCUCAGUCGGUAGAGCAUUAGGCUCUGAAUCUCAGGGUUGUGGGUUCGAGACCCACCUUGGGGGGAAAAAUAAAAAAAUUAAUCCUGCAUUGCAGGGGGUUGGACUGACGUGCAGGGUCCCUUCCAACUCUGCGAUGCUAUGAUUCUGUGACACACUCACCUCCUUUCCAAAUUGUCUCCACACGGCUCCAUCUCUGCCACCAGUCACCACUCUGCUUUAUCUUUCCAGUGCUGGAAACUACUGGUGGUGGGUUCCGGUCGUGGCUCCGAUGGUGGGGGCCACCACUGGGACGGCUCUGUAUGAGCUCGGGGUGGAGUUUCACCACCUGCCGUCCCAGGACGAGGAAGAGACCUUGACCGCCGAGAAGCAUCACCCAGGGACGGAAAAGGAUACGGAGAUCUCGAUUUAUGCCGUGAAUAAAUACGCAGAGGAUUGGACAGGCGGGAGCACAGGCACCCCCCCGGACGGGGGCCAUAACAAAUUGGAAACUUCAAGUUCCUUUUAAAAUGGGACAGGCGCCGGAAGAGGCGAGAGACUUAAUCCUUUCGUUUUUAUAUAUUGGAUGGAGUUGUUGCUGUUGGUUUUAUGACUGAUGUAGGUCUCUGGGCGUGUGAAUUCCACCCAAAAGAGCGAUGUUUUGGAAUGACAAAGGACCGCUUUCCCCCAUAGAUUAAGGUUACCAGACAUCCCCGUUCCCUGGGGACAGUCACCGGAUUUACAAAUCAGUCCCCAUACAAAAUCCACUGACGCCCCGGAGUCAUUGAAAAAAAAAUCUGGUAACCUUACCAUAGAUGAACUUUAUCGCUUGCUAAAAUCAUCACCUGAGGUCGUGCGCAGAAUGACUCCCACCUUCGGGGAUUAUACAAUGGCAGCAACCAGAGACGGGGCCUUUUUUGUGGUGGCACCACUGCGGAACGACCACUCUUGAAGUAUUUGCUCAGUGCCGACUCUUUUUAUUGUAUUGGGGGAGGAAGGCUCUAUCCUACAGGGCAGGGCCUGUCGUGGUUUCACCCUAAAGAAUUCUGGGAACUGUAGUUCUAUUCCCUUCCCAGAGCAACAUUUGACAGAGUGGUUCAGCAAUUCAUCCAUCUUUGCAGUGAACUCUGGGAAUUGUAGCUCCGUGAGGGGAGUCUCCGAACAACGCUCAGCGACCAGAGCAAACUACAGCUCCCAGAAUUAUUUGGGGGGAAGCCAUGACUGUUUUAAGCAGUAUCAUGGCUCUUUAAAUGUGUUUUGUGAAUAUGGCCUUAAUAUACAGUGUUGCCUUUGCGGAACACGACAGGAAGGAGGAUGGGGACGGAAUUAGAAUGAGUUGACUUAGCCACUCAUUGCCUCUGGCGCCACCUGCUGUCGGGCUCCCUGCCUUCCGCCCCACUAGCCCCAAUGAGCACCAGCCACCAUUGGCUGGGGAAAGCUGCCAGUCACCACAGACCAAGAGGAAGUUGCCGCCUUCCUCCUAUUACCAGCAGCCCUAGCCAAUAGGACCAAUGGUCAGGGCUGAUGGGAGUUGUAGUCCAGCAGCGUCCAGAGGGACGCAGGUUCCCCCCAUUCCUGAGGCUAGACAAUAGUGAGCUACAUGGAGCACCGGUUUGCCUUGGCACAAUGCAACUUACUUGACCUAAUGCUGCUAUGAUGACUUGUGUUCUGUGUGUGUGUGUGUGUGUGUGUGUGUGUGUGUGUGUGUGUUCUGUUAAUUUUAUUCGAUGUUCUCUUGCUGCUGUUCUGAUGGAUGAAUUGUUUAAAUGCUUUUUAUCGAUCGCUGUAUUGUAACGAGAUGAAAGGAUGAAAUAAAACGAAAAAUGGUUUCUAAAAUACGUAGGGUGAUGGGAAAAGCCCUCUAACAUGUACAUCGUUGAACUCCAGCUCCUACCUUCCCUGACCACUGGCUCCCCAGCCCUGCUUUUUACCUCUGUGGGUACAUUUAAUAUGUGAUUCCUGAUUGGUUGGGACAGGAUUGUUCUAGGACAGCAGCAGAAUCUGUUCCUGAGCUCCAACCCCCAUCAUCCCUGACCAUUGGGCCACACUGCCUGGGGCUGAUAGGAGUUGGAGUCCGACAGCUCCUGGACAGCCACAAGUUUCCCAUCUCUGCUGUGACAUAAAAGGCGUCUUAAUUCUCUCCACCCCCAUCAGGUUAUGGCUCUCUCAGGCGCUGCACUCUGUAUAUGCUCAGAGGUGCUCUGUGGUUAUUAAACGGCAUCUUUUAGAACCACAUCCCAAAAGGGAUUCCAAGGCUUAAUCUGGGUGCAAGAUGGAGACCAGGCUACAUCAUGGAGUGUGUCAGGUGGCAGAAACCAAGAGCCUUGCCAUGGGAGGGUGAAGAAAAGUACCAACCUUUCUUCCAGAGCUGAAUGGAUGCACUCCACAGCUAGGCCCAC